AUGCUACGUCAAGCCGUCAAAAGUUUAGGACUUAGAAAUAAGGUUGCUCGAUUGACAACAGCAAUUCCCAAAACCAGGACCUCGACGUUACCUAAUGGUCUCACAAUCGCUACCGAAUAUAUACCAAAUACAUCAAGUGCUACUGUGGGAAUAUUUGUUGAUGCUGGUUCACGUGCGGAAAAUGUCAAAAACAAUGGUACAGCACAUUUUUUAGAACAUUUAGCUUUCAAAGGUACCGAAAAUAGAUCACAGCGUGCUAUAGAGCUGGAAAUCGAGAAUAUAGGGUCACAUUUAAACGCUUACACUUCUAGGGAAAACACAGUAUACUAUGCAAAAUCAUUACAGAAUGAUAUUCCAAAAGCUGUUGAGAUUUUGAGCGAUAUUUUAACUAAAUCAACGCUAGAUCCAAGGGCAAUCGAAAGAGAGAGAGAUGUUAUCAUAAGAGAAAGUGAAGAAGUGGAUAAAAUGUAUGAUGAAGUUGUUUUUGAUCAUUUGCAUGACAUUGCUUAUAAAGACCAACCUUUGGGUAGAACUAUCCUGGGGCCCAUCAAAAAUAUAAAAUCCAUUUCAAGAACAGAUUUGAAGAGUUACAUUAAUAAAAACUAUAAAGGAGAUAGAAUGGUCCUAGCAGGUGCUGGUGCAGUCGAUCAUGACAAUUUAGUCACUUAUGCGCAGAAAUAUUUCGGCCAUCUACAGAAGUCAGACAGUCCCAUGCCACUUGGCACGCCUCGUAGUGCGCUACCUGUGUUUAACAGAGGCGAAAAGUUUAUUGAAGAGCUCUCUUUACCCACUACCCAUAUUGCCAUUGCAUUAGAAGGUGUGUCAUGGUCAGCUGCAGACUAUUUUGUUGCUUUAGCGACGCAGGCUAUUGUGGGUAACUGGGAUAGAACUCUUGGAUCAGGUACUAAUUCCCCAUCUCCUCUGGCGGUUGCAGCUUCCAACAAUGGUACAUUGGCAAAUUCAUAUAUGUCAUUCUCAACCUCGUACGCUGAUACAGGUUUAUGGGGUACAUAUAUAGUGCUGGAUUCGAAUGAGCACAACCCAAGAUUAAUUAUUGAUGAAAUAUUGAAGGAAUGGGGGAGAAUAAAAGCCGGUAAUAUAUCUGAUAGUGAGGUUGAACGAGCAAAAGCACAAUUAAAGGCUGCCUUACUGCUAUCCUUAGAUGGCUCAACAGCGAUUGUUGAAGAUAUGGGAAGACAAAUUGUGACUACUGGUAAAAGACUAUCUCCAGAAGAAGUAUUUGAAAAAGUUGACAGAAUAACUAAAGAUGAUAUUGUAGUGUGGGCUAAUUAUAGAUUGAAAAACAAACCAAUUUCUAUGGUUGGAUUGGGAAAUGUCAUUAACAUUCCCAGACUGCAGGAGAUAGAGUCAAAAAUACAUGGUAAUUAG